AGCAGAGGCAUAUAUAUAUAUAUAUAUAUAUUGCUAAUUCGGCUUGGUAUUUCUUCUUGUUCUUGUUCUUGUUCUUGCACCUCCCGCCAAAACCAACACUUUUCGAUUGGGUUUUUUCUCAAACACUCUGUUUGCAUAUGAUGACUUUCCUACGCGAUUACGACAGGCUUCAAUCCUUCGCCGUCAUCCUCAUCUACAUUCAGAUAGGGUGCACGUUGAUUGGAUCUCUGGGAGCAUUGUACAACGGGGUUUUGCUGAUUAAUCUGGGGAUAGCGUUGUUCGCAUUGGUGGCCAUAGAGAGUCGCAAUCAGAAACUUUCGCGUACCUAUGCUGUUCUUCUCUUCUGUGCUCUCCCUCUGGAUGUUUCUUGGUUCAUCCUAUUCACUCACGAUAUUUGGAACAUUUCUUCUGAGGAUUAUGGGAUAUUCGUUAUCUUUUCAUUAAAACUCGCUCUGGCAAUGCAAAUCAUUGGGUUUACUGUAAGGUUGUCGUCCUCAUUGUUAUGGAUUCAGAUUUACAGGCUGGGGGUUUCUUAUGUAGACACUACAGGUUAUAGAGAAGCAGAUUAUGAUUUAAGAAAUAGUUUUCUGAGUCCUGCAACUCCUGCUGUAGUUAGACAACCCUCAAAUUCUGAUUACAUUUUGGGAGGCUCUAUCUCUGAUCCUGCUUAUUACUCGUCCCUCUUUGAAGGUCAAGAAAAUAGAUGUUCACAUGGGAGUUGGGCUAAGUUUGAACCUUCAAAAACAACUGUUAAAAGGAUUCCUUUGCAAGAACACCACAAUGCAAGCAUGGAUGGGUCAUCCUUUCGAGUGGAUCAGCAGCAUUUUAACCCUCACAUGCUGGAUGUUUCAGCAACUGAGCGCCCACUGGUUCACACAAGCCCUUCAACCUAUUCAUCUCAAGACAAAGGCAUUCAGGAUACAUCUACAAAACGAACCUCUAAGAACACAAUUCAAUUCACACAGGAGAAUGAGCUUCCAGCACCAUCAAGUAGUCAAGAAACUACGCUUACUUCCACAAUUGGAACUACUAAGGAUAAGGCUUCAACUACAAAAGGUUCACUUUUUGAAUCUGGAGAAAAUAAUGACAUUCCAUUCUCUUCCACAUUUGAUGUUUCUGCAGUGCCCACCCUGAGUGGAAAAUUUCAGUUUAACGUUCCUGUGAGUAAAAGUGAGCCUGGUGAAAAUGUGCUAGUUUCUUCUACAUCUUUGGUACUUUCAGCUCCAUCAUCUCCAAUGAUCAAGUCAAUGACAGCUCCUCAAUCCUCAUCAGCUACUCCAACCUUUUUAUCUCCAAUGCCCCUGAGCAGACCUUUCACCACUUCUAAUGCAAUUGCAGAUGCUAACCUAACAGUGCCAACAUCCUCAUCAUCAGCUUCCCCUUCUUUAAUUACCUCUUCCUCUGGUUCCUCUUCCUUGCAGGCUCCUAAAACAUCGGUGCCCUUAUCUACUCCAAUAUCCGAGUCUCCUAAGACAGAGCUUCUACGUCCUAUGGCCAAAUCUAGUUUGAAAACAGAUAAGGAUGCUAGUAAACAAGUAUCAUCUCUGCAGUCUGAGCCUCCCAAAGGUGAAAUUGAAUCUAAGCUUGAACCUUCAGUAACAACUGACCCUACAAUUGAAAUUUCAACCAGUCUGACAUCUGGAAGCCAGCCCAGUUUCAGUAACUUGGCAAACCCUGCACCUAAUGUGACAUUGAAUGCUCAACCAGCACAGCCAUCUACUGCACGUGUUCUAUUCCCAACACCACUCCCAACUUCUGGGAGCGCAACUGGAGAAAAGAAUGAAAGUUUGGAUGUUGCAGAAGCAGAAGAGGAUGAGAUGGAGGAGGAGGCUCCUGAGACAAGGAACACAGCAGAACUUAGUUUGGGAAGCCUUGGUGCAUUUGGUAUUGGCUCAACCCCUACUGCAACUGCUCCAAAAUCAAAUCUAUUUGGUGGUACAUUUGGUAAUGCAGCAUCAAGUCCAAUGAGCUCAGCAUUUGACAUGACGGUUCCUAGUGGACAGCUGUUUCGUCCUGCAUCUUCUAGCUUCCAGUCUCCCCAGUCUUCACAACCAUCUCAACCAACAAAUUCGAGUGCAUUCUCUGGUGGUUUCAGUACUGGAACAACAGCUCAAGCUCCAACUCAAACUGGGUUUGGCCAGCCAGCACAGAUUGGAUCAGGACAGCAAGCACUGGGAUCCGUUCUUGGGUCUUUUGGACAGCCAAGACAGAUUGGUACCAGUCUACCAGGUACAGGUUUUGGAUCUCCCAGUGGUUUUGGUGGUGGUGGCUUCACUGGCACUAGUUCCCCUGGUGGGUUUUCAAGUGCUGCUACUGGUGGGGGCUUUGCUGGUAUAUCAUCUACCGGUGGGUUUGCUGGUGUGGCUUCAGGGGUUGCUGGAUUUGCAAGUGUAGCUUCAGCUGGCGGGUCUGGGGGAUUUUCUGGUGGUGGGUUUGCUGGUGCUCCCUCAGCUGGUGGUGGAUUUGCUGGUGCUCCUGCAGCUGGUGGCGGAUUUUCCGGUGCUCCUCUAGCUGGUGGUGGAUUUGCCGGUGCUCCCGCAGCUGGUGGUGGAUUUGGGGCUUUCAACAGCGAACAAGGAAGUGGUUUUUCUGCUUUCAGUGGAUGGAGGACCGGAAAACCUACCGAGCUCUUUACACAGAUUAGAAAAUAGUUAUUUUGGGUUUUGGCUAAAAGCUCAUAGGAAGCUUAAUUUGAUCACAAAAGUAUCAUUCCAAUGAAGGCAGUUACUUGACAACCACCUAGAAGUGGUAAAUGAUAGAUUCACUGGGUCAUUGGCCGUUCAUCUUAUCAUGAUAUGUGUCAUAAGAUUCCGAGUCAUGUACAUUGAUAUAAACUUCCAAUAGGUUAAAGUUUUU